ACUACCAGCUUGUCACUGGAAGCUCCUCCAAUAGUCAGCUAUGUCUGGUCGCGGUAAAGGCGGUAAGGGUCUGGGCAAAGGCGGCGCCAAGCGCCACCGCAAAGUCCUGCGCGAUAACAUCCAGGGCAUCACCAAGCCCGCCAUCCGCCGCCUGGCCCGGCGCGGGGGAGUGAAGCGCAUCUCCGGCCUCAUCUACGAGGAGACCCGCGGCGUGCUGAAGGUGUUCCUGGAGAACGUGAUCCGCGACGCCGUCACCUACACGGAGCACGCCAAGCGCAAGACCGUCACCGCCAUGGACGUGGUCUACGCGCUCAAGCGCCAGGGCCGCACCCUCUACGGCUUCGGCGGUUAAGCCUUUGCACUUUGUUUUUUGCUGCAUAAAGGCCCUUUUCAGGGCCACCCACUUACUCCGUAAAAAGCUGUGCAUUUGUUUCUCAGUUUUCCUCAGACUCU